AUGUUGUCGACCCAAAAUCUAUAUGUUAUUUUGAUCGUUUCGGCCUGUGAUUCCACAGCAUUUGCCCGGCAUUACAUCGCGUUUCCGUGCGAGCGAGAGAACGGGACUGAUUGGCAUUGCAAUUGGAGGCUGAAGCCGAAUACUUGGGGCUUCAAGGACAUGGCACGUAAGCGGGGGAUUUGCUGCGGAGCGGAUAAGUUCUAGCGGUAAAAAGCGUCUAUAAAUUCAUGCCGGCAGACAUGGCAAGGGCCGGGCACGUCAAGAAAAAGUAGAACAAAAGCGCUCAAGCAAUGAAAAAUUCUUGGCAUUCUGGUUUAGCUCAAAGAUAACCUGAUUACACAUGAAAGACGGGGUAGAAUGGGUCUAUUGCAUACAUAAAUUUGAAGCUGGACUCCUGCUUAACCUCACCAUAUAUGUAUGUUUCAUAGAAAAAAUUGCUCGUCUUCUAUCUGUUUGAAGCCUAAACUGACAACGCUUAAAAAAUGUUGCAAUUUUGUCGAUUUCUCCAAGAUUUUCCCUCGCCCCUGUUUGAAGUUUGAAACAUAGUCUGGAACAAGGCGGAUUUUUUGAGCCUAAAACGAAAAAAAAUCGAAUGAGCCAGUUUCGAGAUAGAAAAUCUCUUCAUUUUACGCAAUAUUUCGCCUUUUGUCUGACCUUGUCCAAAAAAACCGUCACUGUGACGGAUUUUUUGGACACUUUCAAAAGCGGAGACAGAAUGCCAACUUUCGUGUUGAUAGAUAACCCUUUCAGCGCAAAAUCUUGACGUGCCGGGCUUUGCAAGUUCCGGAAUGGGCUACCUUUUCUCUGGCCAAGCUCGGGGCUAGACCUGAUUUUUGGGGUCGUACAUCGGGACUGAGAUUGAAAAUUUUGGGCCUACCCCUUCCGAAAAACCUUUUUUUAAUCUCAAAACGAAAACUUGAAGUGCCAAUUUUGGGUUCUUGGCAUUGUGCAACAAGUUGUGUUUAUGACUCCAUAUGGAUCGAAAAGAUUUUUUGAUGUCCGAAAUGUUUGCUGGCAGCGAUAAAACACCCUAAAACCAGCCAUAAACACAAUGCCAAAAUGUUGCCUGAAUGGCGGAAAAAUUGUCAUUCAAAACUAUUCAAAAAAACAAUUUCAGCGGAAGUCAUCGAGACCCAUCGCCGUUGGGCCAACUCCUCGCUGAACGAGGCCCCCAUCUACGACUGGUCGUGGAUGUUUUGGGCGGAAAUCGAUCCCCGCAUCUACGAGAUCUACGACGAAGACUUGUACAUGCUGGACUACGAUCGGCCCGCCCGAUUGGCCAAGGCCAAGGAGAGAAGGGCCGAGGUUUGGCAGUAUUCGCUGCUCGGCGUUGCGGCAGUCUCGAUUUUGCUGCUGCUGCUUCAGCCAAGGAAGAAUUUCAGCGUCUGGAGACACGAUUACAACGCGUUGAAGGAGAAGCUCAAGUCCAAGGCGGCGGAGAAAAUGAGCGAUAAGAAGGCGGAGAAGAGGAGUGUUGUCACUAUUGUUGAUGAAGGAAACUAUGGAAAGGUGGGGUCAAAGGGCUGGGUAGAGUAGCCGGAGAACCAUUUGUCGACGCUAAAGAUAUCUUGCAACGCUUGCAAACCUGGGGCCUGUUUCACGAACGCAAAAUAAAAAAAAUAGAAAUAUGAGUGAGCGAGGGAACAGAGGAAAUGCAUACGAAACGGGAGAGACGGCAGGAAAAUGAGGAUUGCGCCAAUUCUCAAUCGGAGUGACUUUUUACGUCCAAAAUUACGGAUUGGCGGUAGUAUUUGAGCCAUAACUUUCCUCUACUUGGGCCUACAAGCACCCUCCAAAAAUUCAAAUAAUGCUGAGACUGCGGGCUAUAUAGAUCUAUAAAAAUUUUUGCUCUACCGCCAAUGACAAAGUUACCAUAGGCGUUGUAGUGUUGAAUUCUUCUACUUUAUGACGCUAAAAGGCCUUUUUUCGCGUUAAUUGAAACAGUAAAAAAUUCUAAUUCAUGUCAGUCGAUAGACAAUUUAAUUCUCUACAAAACAUUUUUAGAGGGCCAACUGUAAGUCAUUUUUUGGCUGAGUAAUAACUGAUUUACUUUGACAAUCCCUCGAUUUUCAUCACAAAAAAUCUUUCGAAAGAGCCCUCAAAUCAAAAGAAGAGAGAAAUUUUACGGUAAAAAAUGGGAUGCGGCUGGACUAAAUCACCCAUAACUUUAUCAGUUGGUGAGAUAUAGACGCCCCUCUAAAAAAUGAGGUAGCCAAGACAAUUUUCUUUACAAUUAUAUAAAAUUUUAUACUAAUAUUUUAUUAUUUGGAACAAAAACCUAUUUUUAUUCUGAAAAAAAUUAAAAAAUGUUGCAAACUGCUGCACUACUAUAAAUUUGUUCGUUCCGCAGAUCACCAAACAUCCUAAAAAAUUACAUUACUGUAAACCGCGGACUCAGGUCUAUAUGAUUUUUUUUAAACGGUGUCGAUCCGACAAUUUUGGACCAAGUUAUGAGGAAAUUAAUCUAGAAUUGCACAAAUUUUGUAGAAAAUAGAAAUAUGCGCAAUACUACAGCUAUUUUCGAGCGCGUUUUUGCAACAGUGCAACGAAACUUGCACACAUGACAGUCCAAACAGUUAGCAUUAUUCGAAAUUUUGAAGGGUGAUUCUACGCCCAUGGAGGGAAAAGUUAUGGCCGAAACACUGCCGCCAACCCUGAUUUUGGACGUAAAAAGUCACUCCGAUUGAGAAGAGGCGAAAUCGUCAUUUUUCUGCCGUCUCUCCCGUUUCGCAUGCAUUUCCUUUGUUCCCUCGCUCACUCAUAUUUCUAUUUUCUUUAGAAAUAUGAGUUUUUGCGUUCGUGAAACAGGCCCCUGAGUCGCUUUACAGCAUUUUACAGCUUUUGAGUUCGAAGAGGCCCCAUAAACGAAGAGGCCCUUCAAAACAAAGAGGCUUCUAAAACGAAUAGGCCCUCAAACGAAAAGGCCCUCAAAAAAGAGACCUCAAAACCAAGAGACACCCAUUUUGACGAAUAGGACCCCAAAACUGAAAGACCGAAUAGGACCCCAAAACUGAAAGACCGAAGACCCCAAAAAUGAAAGACCGAAUAGGACCCCAAAAGUGGAAGACCGAAGAGGACCCCAAAACUGAAAGACCGAAUAGGACCCCAAAACUGAAAGACCGAAUAGGUCCCCAAAACUGAAAGACCGAAUAGGACCCCAAAACUGAAAGACCGAAGACCCCAAAACUGAAAGACCGAAUAGGACCCCAAAACUCUAAGACCGAAAAGGACCCCAAAACUGAAAGACCGAAUAGGACCCCAAAACUGAAAGACCGAAUAGGACCCCAAGAUCCCAAAACUGAUAGGCCGCCGACCGAAGAGACCCCUUUAUGACGAAUAAGGCCCCAAAACGAAGAGGGCCCUUUUCCGAAGAGUCCCACAAAACGAAGAGGGCCCCUUUUUCGAAAAGGCCCACAAAACGAAGAGGUCCUUUUUAGAAAAUAAAAAAUUCAAAAUGAAGGGUGACACGUCAUACGAUGAAAAAAAUUCAUCGCAGUUUUUUCAUUUUUUCAGGUAUCUUUGUCUUUUUUUGGGGACUCUUUGAAAAGUCGGCCGCGCCUGCAAUGUCUUUUCUCCGCCCUAUGAUCACCAAUUUUCAGUUUGAGACCCUAUCCGAAAGCUCCGAUCUCUCCGUUUUGACGGAGAAAGGCGUCAAUUGA